UGUCGGCUCAGGUCAUGUGAUCAGCUGUGUCCAAUCACAGCUGAUCGCAGGGGACAGUGAUCAGUGUAGCCCCAUCAGUGCCACCUGUCAGUGCUUAUCAGUACCACAUCAAUGCCACAUAUCAGUGCCUACCAGUGCACAUCAAUUCCACAUAUCAGUGCCCAUCUGAGCUGCCUUUCAGUGUCACCUAUCAAUGCCAGUCAGUGCCACCUAUCAGUGCUACCAAUCAGUGCCACCUAUCAGUGCCUGUCAGUGCCGCCUAUCAGUGCCGCCUAUCAGUGCCACCUAUCAGUGCUGCCAGUCAGUGCUGCCUAUCAGUGCCUGUCAGUGCCGCCUAUCAGUGCCGCCUAUCAGUGCCAUAUAUGAGUGCUGCCUUUCAGUGCCCAUCAGUGCCACCUACCAGUGCCUCCUCAUCAGUGCCCAUCAGUGCCACCUAUCAGUGCCCAUCACUGCAGCUUCAUUAAUGCACAUCAGU